CUAUGUGCAACUUGGCGCAAGCCAAGUGUGUCGCUGUUCGCUGUGUGUUUGUAAGGUUAUGGCGCAUGGACGAUGUUUACCUCUUUCUGAAGCUUUUUGAAGAAUUGAUCUGUAAUUUUGCGCAUGAAGGUGCACAUGACGGGACAAACGAUUUGACAAGAAAAAAAUUAAAUACUGUUCAAUCAGAAUGAGUAAAUAUGUGAACCUGGCGAACGUAGGCACCAAUUAUGCCAUACGUAUGAAUCGCCUGAGUAACCGAAUAUUCGGCGAAGUAGUUAGACCGACUAAUGAAAAAUCGAUGAAAGUGGUAAAGCUCUUCAGCGAGAAACCGGUGAACAAACGACCGGAGAUCGUAGAAUAUUAUCCAAGAUUCAAAGAGACGGAGCUGUUGAUGAAACAUCUGCGCAAUUACGGUCUCUUCAGAGAUGAGCAUAAGGACUUCAAGGAGGAGUAUCAGCGUCUGAGGGAACUUCGUGGUAAAACUAGGUGGAUACCACCUCCCUUCAGAAAUAAAUCCAAAGAUUCCAAACCAUCCUAAGAUCUAUAUUUCAAUGUAACAAAUACAACUUUGUUAUAAAAAAUUACUUUUAUAUACAGGAUUGGAAGUCUGUUAGAUUGCAUUUCUACUGGAUAUAGGAUUGUAUUCUAUUUAAAUUAUUAAUAAAAGGUAUCUAAACGAA